AUGAGCAAUACUUUACCAUCGUGGACUUCAGUAGAACUUGAUCCAAAAGAAAUUACUUUAGUAAACGAAUUUUUAACACAGUUUGGUUUUACAGAACAGCUUGAAACAGAAUCAAAUUCAAUAGUAGCGACUACUGGUCUUUGGCGCUCUUGUGGAUCUUUUUCUGGGAUAACGAGAUGUAUUGAUCUUCCCUCAUCAUGUUCGUCAUUAAUCGCUGAUGAAAAUGAGUCAGUGCCUACUGAUGUUAUCACUCAACAAGAAGAAGUUCGUUCUAUUCUUGGAAAUAUUCAAUUAAAAACAUUCAAUGAUGAAAUAGAAGUGGAUGGUGAAAUUCGCGACAUGCCUUUGAUGGAUAAGGUGCUUCUUAUUGUAAAUGAUAUUGGAGCAAAUUAUGUUCUUUCACGUGUUCACCAUCGCUGUCAAAUUGCUGUCGUUUUCGUUUAUAAUGUUAUUACAGACAAUGAACAAGAAUGGAAUGAUUAUCAGAAAGUUAGACGUAUUUCAAUUGAACAAAUUUUGCCACGAAUACAAUCGUUUUAUGCACGUUGGCUUCGUUAUAGAACUGGCUAUUUUUCUGUUGAUAUAUUUAAUCAGAAUUUAAACACAAUAUUAGAUCGUUCAUCAAUUGAUACAAAUGGUUCAUAUGUCUUUUCUCAAGUUCUUCUUGAUAUUCUUUUAGGAAUUAAAUCAGAUCCAAUCAAAGAUCGAAAUGAAUUUACUGAAGAAUGUGCUAAAGAAUAUAUUGAUCGAAAGGAAGAAUUCAAGGCUUUACAAUCUUUCAAUAAUGAUUAUAAAGCAAAAGAUGCAUUAAAUUGGUAUACAAAACCUAUAUUUCUUCACUUUCAGUUGAACAAAGCACUUCGAAUGCAAAAUAUUCAUUUGCUCUUUCUAUAUCGAUUUUUCAUCCGUGAUAUUCGAGCUCAAUUAAUUGAGAAUCAAUGUCAAUCAUCAAUUAAAGUUUAUCGUGGUCAAAGAAUGUUUAAACAUGAGUUGAAACAAUUGAAAAAGUACAUUCAUCAUAAGAUUUCAAUAAAUUCUUUGUUAUCAACAAGUUUGAAUCCACAAAUGGCUUUAUUUUAUCUUUGUGAACCUCAAACAAAUGUUAUUACUAAUUCUAACAAUGUCUCAACAGUAUCGACGGAACAAAAUGAUACUACAAUAUCGGUCUCGAAUAAAAUAUGGCCUGUUGAUGAAGAUGAUCCUGACACUGUACUAACAGGAGAAGUUUCUGUUCUUUUUGAAAUCGAUGCUGAUCCACAUCAUGGAAUUAAAGAGAAAAGACCUUUUGCUGAUAUUAGUCCAUUUAGUGAAUUUGAAGAGGAAGAACAAGAAAUUCUUUUCAUGCUAGGAACUGUAUUUCGUAUUGAAGAAAUAAAAGAAGAAAAGAAUGAUCUGUGGAUUAUCAAAUUAUCUUUAUGUGACGAUGAAGCAGAACAUGAUAUUGAAUCUCUAUUGAAUUAUUUGAAAGAUGACUAUGAGAAUUCAUCAAAAGAUGGUAUAGCCGGUACAAUAACUCUUUGUUCUUUCUUAUUAGACAUGGGAAAAUUGGAUAUGACUGAAAGAUUAAUCAGCCGUACAUUAAAAGAAUUAUCAUCAAAUGAUAUUCUCAACAAAGCUAUAUGUUAUUAUCAGUUGGGUAAUGUCGCUCUACAUCGUAAUCAAUACGAUAUUGCACAGAAUUUAUUAAAGAAGGUCUUGAAAUUAUUACCGAAAGACCAUCGACUCAUUGCAAAUACAUAUAUCUCUAUUGGAAAUGUUCAACGGUAUGAAAAGCAUUUUUCUAGAGCUAUGAAAUCAUACAACACAGCAUUGACAAUUUGGAAAGAAAAUAUCAAAGAAGAUCAACUUUUAGUUGCCACAUGCUAUGCCAGUAUUGGUUCUUGGUAUCGUAUUAAACGAGACUUUCAGAACGCUCUUGAAUAUUAUCAAAAGGCUUUGGCAAUUCGUGAAAAGUAUAUUUCUAUUCCUCAUUUUACUAUUGGUAAUUUACAUGUUAAGUUGGCUCAAAUUUAUCUAGAUCGUAAUCAAGCAAAACUUGCUUUUCCUCAUUAUGUUAAAGCACUUGAAAUUUGCUCAAAAUGUUUACCACAUGAUCAUCCUUUAUUGUCUAAAGCGUACUAUAUUGCUGCUAUUACUCACCAAAACUUUGAUACCGGUAGAAAAACCAUCGACUUCUUUGACAAAGCUUGUGUAACUGACUAUCGAAAUUCAUCUUUACCACAGAAAUGGAAUCCGCUAGGUAUAAAAUUUUACCAUUGUCCACGAUGCCGGCAAAUGGUGUGGAUCUACAAUGUUUUUGGAAUUUUUUAUGGACGGUCUUGUUUUCAGUGUAUGAAAAAACUUGUCACACGACAUCCCGUCAAUCAAAAGAUAAACAUUGAUUUAUUCAAGUUAUCCGAUGGUUAUUUGGAACAACGUAUACUUCAAAAAUCUUAUGCGUUUCGUGAAGUGCAAGAUGAACCCUUAGAAUCAUUAUUUGAUUUAGACAAUCGGGGUGUGGGUGGGUGUGGGUGUGGGUGUGGGGUGGGUGUGGGGGUGG